AUGUGCACAGAAACCUUUGGAGACAGAGAUCAGGAGCGCUAUCUGAGCAUGUCGAUGUUGACUUCGGAGUUUAUUCCUCCAUCAGAAUCUACUCCGCCACCAGAGUCCGAUACACAGUUUGCUUCGCUUCCAGGUUCUCCGCAAUUUUCUUUGCCCGCCGAUACAGGGGACUACUUCGAAACUCUAUGCUUUAUCGAUAACCUAUCGUAUUAUGCCGACAGUAAUGUUUGUCAGGACACACUAGACAACUUCCAGAGCGAUAUGCACCCUUUAGUAUCUCAAGGCCCUAUUCAGUGGCCAUUAUCGCCUCAGAUGCCCUUGAUCUGGCUUGGGGAUGACAAUACUUUCAAUGCGCACAUCGCUGAAGCUACGCUGGUCUGCAAUCCAGCGGAUAUGGUCUUGCCUUGUUCGCCCUCGCCUUCCCAGGCCGAACGCUGGGCAGAUGGGACCGCUGAAAUAUUUCGAUGCCGUCUGUCUGCUGGUGAUAAUCCUCUUUCAGGCUCAUAUCUUUGCCGAAGUCCACAUUUCUCAAACAUUCUCGACACUCUACCUCAAAUCGAACCGGAUUUAGACCUUGGCCCAACCUUGACGGAGCAAAAUAUUUGGAAGACUUGGGAUACGCUCAAAUAUGAUUGUGCGAAUCCCACUAUUCCUGAUGACAGCAUCCUGCUACCGCACUGGAUAUCUUCGAAUCAAAUAGAGCACAGCAUUAAUUGUCCUCGGGAAAAAUUGCCUGCUCUGCCUCUGUCACAACACCCAUAUCAGAACCUUAUUUCGGCCACUGGAUUGACUGAGCCAUCGGAGGAUUGGGAGUCUUGUUGUCUCUUAAAUGAUCCAGUGCCACAUGACAUCGGCAAUAUUCCGCUUGGGAAAAAGCAGGAAUCACAUUAUCCAAUGACGAAGAAAGCUUCCUUACCUGGAGUUGAUGAUACUGUUCGCAUUGGUCAAGCUGUCCAGUAUGACUGUGACUUCAUUGGUCCAUAUACUGGAGAGCCUUGCAAAGUCAUCUGCUCCCGAGUGUAUGGUUGA